CCUGUGGCUGUAAACAAAGUCCUCAGCCACCCCCGGAUACCUCAACCGCCCCUAAAAACUCUCCGGGAGACUCGAGUUCCCCUCAAACAGCGCUUCGAAACCCAAAACCGAGGGAGUUUCCAUCCCUGUUGACAUAACGUCUGUCCAUGUGUAAGUGUAACCGUCGUGGGGGCCGACUACAGUGCAUUCCAUUCCGUGCUCACGUACUACACAGUUUCCUCCUGUUCCCCCGAAAAUCGGAAUCUCCCUCGACUUUUCCGACUUACGUAAUCGAAAAUAUGUGAAUUAAAAUCCGAAGAAAAUAUAAAUAAACAACUUUUUCACGGGAAUUCCCUGAAAAGUAGUGAAAAGUUGGUGAAUAGUGGGAACUGCGCACUCUCCAGUGACUCGGGCGAUAAUGCCCCCCCAGUAAUUGACCGAUAAUUAUCCGAUAAAAUGUAACUAGUGGAGUGAGGAUUAUUGGUGAUUGUAUGUGCAUCAUUGGGAGGAAAAUCUGGAAUAAAAGUUAGCGAUAAUGCACACGGAGAACUGCUCGUCGUCGAAGCUCGAUACUUCCGAGAUAUCAUCUGUUCAGUCCACCGUAAACAACGUCUCCAUAUUGGAGGAGGAUCUCGCCCUCAGUUCGUCGACCCUCGGUACAUCAAAAAAAUUUGAAGACAGUAUUGAAGAGCCCGAGUACAUCCCCUACAAGUCCGCGAACCGAGUGGUCUACCUAAAUGAGGACACUAUGGACUGUAGCUAUUCGGAGCCCGCGGGGACUCCUCGCACCCAUCCCACUGUCACCGACCCCACCUCGCCUGACCUCUUCAACACCGACUCCGAAAGUGACUCCCCGAGGCCCAAAAACUCCUCAUUCACCCGUAUCCUCUCCCAGCCCAGCAUCACCAUCUCCCCCCGAAAACCAAGCCUCAGUGAACAAAUCCUGAGGUCCGACGAGUACCUCUUCAAAAGGAUCAGCAAGUCCCUCACAGGAGUCCCUCCCCCUCCCUCCCACACGAUUUCCCAGAGUGACUGCACGGAUUUCCUAAAUUGUAUUAAGCAAAAUCGUGAAUAUUUCUGGGCGAAUCCGUUCAAAGACGAGAAAAGUCUGGAGACAGUUCCUGAAUCAGUAAAGAGUCCCCAAAAGUGCGAGGGAAAACCUCUGAUGAUCCGUAGACCAGGAGGUUUACGCAAUUUAACGAAUGCCUUUGACGCCUGUGAUGCCUCGAGCAGCUCAAUAUCGACGACGAAAACCUCGGACACGAAUACCACAACAGAUUUUGCCGAUACGAGUGUACAAAGCACGACAGACCUCAGUAGAGAUCUCAGCAGGGAUGUUCAGAAGAGUCUCGAGGGGAGUGAGACCACCAGCGUAGUCUCCGAGAGCAAUUUACCAGUGAUAAAGGACGUUAGUACUAAACGAGUGACGUUUGAUGUUCCUGAGGAGGAGCAUCUAGCUAUUUUUAAGACGAUAGAGGAGAGCCAUGCUAAAGCUUUACCCUGGCCCAUUAUCUACCAGCACAAGAGCCAAGGGAUUCAUUAUAAUAGAAAUAGAUUCAUGGAGGACUUCGAGAACCUCUCCACGAGGCUGUGUCAGAGGUACGUGGGUAACGAGACCCAGUCGACGUGCACUCCAUGGUUCACAAAACAGGCCCCAUCGAGUGUGAAAAAACGCAGCUUGCUGGGUCGAAGGAAUAUAGGUCAGAGCCCGGGAAAACGUCUGAGUCACUUGGCGAGGAGACGGAGGACUUUCUCAUCUGCUAAUCUCCAGGGAAUGGCUGAGAAACGACAACUGGUGCUCAAUCUCAAGAAACCGGGGAUGAAGAAGGGGAAGAGUCCGAGGGGAAAGAGUCCUAGGGGGAAGAGUCCAAGGGGGAAGAGUCCUAGGGGCUCUGCGAAGAAGAGAUUGGCUAGGAAAUUGUUGAUGGAGGGACCCAGUCCGAGGAAGGUCAAGCUGGAGACGUCUAAACGUGCCCUGUUCCAGAGUCCUCCCACUGAUCGUGCUGGACCCAGUGUUGUCAGCAAUCAUCAGUCCAGUAACCCUCAGAGGAUAAAACGGGCGCUGUUUCCCACUCCGAAGAAAAAGGAAGAAGUGGUGGCGGGAGGGGAGGACAGGAAGGGGGAGGAGACGAAGAAGAGGAAGAGCGAGGAGGAUCUGGAGGGACCAAAGAGCAAGUGGGCGAGGAGUCUGAGCUUCGACUGCUCACAUGUGGAGAAUUCUAGGGAUUCGCAGACACAGAUCAGUGAAAUGAGUGAUAUUAAUCGAAGGAAAUUAUUAUUCGCCGUUUCUGACGCACUCCGAGGUAAAGGAGUAUCGGUGGGGCACCCAAAGUUCAAACAAUACGCCGGGCAGCUAGCUAAAAUCGUUAAAAAAUACAUGCCAGACUUGGAGAACAGAAAUAUCCCGAAGAAGCCUGGCAGUACGACCGACAGAAUGCUCAAGCUGGCUAAAACCUACGUGCCACUCGUCAUAGAGCCGACCGCGUCCAGUUAGUCAAAAAAAAUACAAUUAAAUUAAUUAUUAAUUAAUUAUUGAUGAAUUAUCAGUGACAUGAGCACUCUGACGUUGAUUCGCAGUGACGAAUUGCUGAUUUUACUAUUUAACUAUUGAUUGAUUUGACAAUUAAGUGUUGAAACGUGGAGAGGAGUGAUGAAUAAGAGGGGAUGAGUCCAAAUAUUUCAUGAAAGUGUAUAUUGUGUUACUAGUGUGUAAAUUUCUACUUUUUCGCACGCACUUGUAACAUGUCCUAUCCUAUUUUUUGUAAUGCCUGCCGAGUUCAUUGUUCGGAACGGCAGGGGGGCAAAGUGGUUGUUUUUGUGCACGGAAUGCGUAAAAUUCAAGGUCGUGUACAGUCGAGCACUAAAAUUCGUAAACAGAAUACAUAGAAUGCAAGCUCACGCUGUUCAAGAACUUUAGUGCUCGACUGUAUAAAAUAAAUUCUGAGAAUUUACAUUUUGCACAACCUCUGAACUUUACGCAUAUCGUGCGGAAAACAAACACUUUACGCCUGCUAAACCAUCCUAAGUGAAUUUUUUAGGCAAGUUUUGUCACUUGUAAUACCACAAGAGCUUCAGAAUUAUCGGGCAUUUUCCGAUACGUUCGUUGCAAACAAACGAAGGAGUCAAGUUUUUCCUGAAAAACUUGACGACU